AUGAAGUCAAGGCAACGAAGUAGAAAUUAAGAAAAACAGUUCUCAUCAUUUCCAUUAACUUUGAUGAUGCUCCCUCAACUUGUACUGCCCAUCCAUUCUUGUCAACGUUGUUAUUGAAAAAAUUCCCCGUUGGUUUCCACAGAUGUAUGCUCGAAGUUUAAAGGAAAAGUAAACUUCACAGGAAAGACAGCAUUAUUUUUAGGAAAAGGGAUAUCCAGCGCAAAAUCUGAAAAACCCGUCAUUCUCACUUCCCUCUUUUAGAAAUAAAAGACUCUCCCUCAGUCUCGGUUUCUUACAAGCUAUCACAAUGGACACGGUAAUUUCCCUCCUUGGUUUAUUUUCCUUUUCAGUUCUUUCAACACUACCACAGCUCGUAGUACCUCAAGCUCCCCGUGUGACCUCGUUCAGAGCUAUAGUGGAGAUGGUGUCAGGGGAUUCAAGGAUCUUCUCUGGAGAGAGUGUGCGGCUGAAAUGCAGCAUCCCUGAUGUCCACAGGUCGUCCUGGGAUUACCUGUGGUUCAGAGGAUCUGAAAAACUCCCACAGCAUGAGGAGCACCUCGAUCUGUGGAAACCCAGGAUUAGAGAGAGUGGGAAAUUUUACUGCCAGGGUGUGAGGGAUACAGUGGUCGGAAACAUACACACCCUCCAAAGUCUGCCUUUGGAGAUCAAUGUGGAUGGAGGGUGGGCUAUCCUGCAAGUCCCACCUCAUCCCGGCCUCGUUGGAGACACCUUGAAGGUCACGUGUCGCAUCCGAGGCUCACUCCAACUUCACGAGGUGAUUCUGUACAAAGAUGGCGUUGAAGUUAUGAGACAAAAGGGCCUCGACACACAUUUCUACCUGACCAACUCGACCCUCGAGGACCAAGGAAUGUAUUCUUGUCGGGCUUCCUGGGACGCAGACAGGCGUACACGCUCUGUAAUUUCAGUUGACGCUUCAGUUCAGGUCUUAGAGGUUCUGUCGCAGCCACUUUUGGAGAUUGUUGCAGACAAUAACCUGAUUCCAGUAAAUAAGAUGAAGCUCAUCUGCCACCUCCAAUACAACGCCCGUGCUCCUGCGCCCCCAAUACACUUCUAUUUCUACAUGAAUAACAACCAACUGGGAACAGCAAUGUCUCAGAACCAUGUCCUGGUCAAACGGACUCCAGGCCAGUACAGCUGCAAGGCCAAGGUGCCUGAGUUGGGUAUCUCCAGGAGGAGUGAACCCAAACCCUUUGGGCAAGUGACAGGACCACAGACAAUGAUUCCUCCAACUCUUCAUCCCAGAGAUCCACGGCCUUUAGCUUUCCCAAGCUCAUCCCCAGACCUUUUCCUGUCUCCUUCUGCUGAGCCAACUGCAGCCCGUCCCUCCCCUCACCAAUCCACUGCAACUCCUACUUCUUUUCACCCUACUGGAGUGAGCAUCCAAUCCCCAUAUCCUACCCGGGAGCCUUCACAGUCGGCACCAAGCAAUUUGCUAUCUACAGUCCAGUCUUCCAAUCAAACUUGGGCUCCUUUAAAUAUAUCUAUGGGAUCCGGUGACGUUUCUGGAGAAUCAGGUGACAUUUCUGGAGAAUCAGGUGACAUUUCUGGAGAAUCAGGUGACAUUCCUUAGAACUCUCCAGAAACUGUCCUAUGGUGACACGUUAUCAUACAUAACAGACCAUUGCAGAAAUUAAUCAUACUAAAUCAGAGUAAUGAUGUGCAACUGCCACAUCUAUAGCUAUCUGAUAUCAAUCAUAUAUAUGGAGCCACUGGGCUCUCAGGCUUUUAAUAUGAUUCUUUGUGUAAUCUAUCAUUUAACAUAUUACAAAGUGUCAGCUUCAUGAUGUCAUCUGUAAACAACUAACUGGAUCAGUACUGUCGGGGAUUAAUAACUAAUGCCAUGUUGGUUAAAUAAAUAAAGCAUUCCACAUUA